AUGUUGGAAGAAGAAUUAGUUCAAGCUGAAGCUCUUCUUCAGGAUACCAAUAAUACUUCUUCUUCUACGACUUCACCCGCCGGUGUUGCUGGUGGACUAUUAGGAGCGAUCCGCAGGACCUCCGAUGCGUUCGUUCAAACUCUGCAUGUAGUAGCUCAUCCUCUUGAGCCCUACAAGGAGCCUGAAUUACCCCCUACAGUGGCUGCUGACCCUCAACAUCAACAGGGUCGCCGAGUGUCUGAUGUUGAUCAUCUCUGGCAGAGUGUUGAAAAAAUUCACGGAUUCUAA